AUGGCUGCGAGCGUCUGGAUGGCUGGCUGGCUGGCUAGGGAACCUGACGUCCGGGUCCAAGCAUGGAUGUAUCUCGGUAUCCAAUUUGUUACUGCAGACGAGCAGGAGGAGCAGCAGAAGCAGAAAGCAGCAGCAGGAGAAAAGAAAAAGGGACAAGAGAUCGGGGAAAAUAAAGAGGAGAACACCGGAAAUAGCGCGUGUGUCUCCAAAACAUGCAAGAGAGGGUGGAGUUUUGGGCGGUCCAGGGCCAGCAGGGGAGAAGCCUGCUACCAGGACAACUGGUGUUACCCGGCGACGGGCGAUGGCGACGGAGUCAGAGUUCAUUCACACCUCUGCUUGCUCUUUACAGGGGAGGGAACUCUGAUUUUGGCCUUUGGCUCUGGCUCUGGCUCUGUGCGCCGUGAGAGUACCGACUGCAAUCGGCUGUUGAACCAGUGA